CAACAUCGUCAACAUCAACUACAACCAUCGACCCAGGCCUCCAUCUCUUCUUCGUAGCCAUUCGCCGUUCUCUCAUCUCUCAUCCCCGAUCAUCCUAGCAGAAAGCUCCUAUAUCCCCGAGUCCGAUUCUACUACCGCUGAUCUUCUUUACUUACCUUACUUUACUGCAUCAACCAUAACCAAAGUCGAUCGGUUGUCCAAGUUCAUGCUUGCGUUUGCGUGCUUUUACUUGGUCGCAUCAUUGAGUCGUCCAUCGCCAAAUUCGACUGCGGCUUCCCCCUCCCCCGGAACCUCUGAUCCUGCUCCCGACUAUCCUUCUACUUCCUCCUACACCGCGGGCCAUCAACACCAUUCUGAUAGACAAGACACCCGUCGUAGCACCGAAAGCCAACUCGCUGCCUCUGCUCUCAUCUCCAAUGGGUUUAACCUACCUGACCUCCAGGCCGAGGACCAGGCACCGCCGGCCUAUGGCGAUGUCUAUGACCGGAUGCACUUUUCCCAGGCAGGCUUUCAAGCCGGUGCCAGUAUCGCAGAUGAUGGUCGCGUCAACAUCAAUCUCAAUCAGAGGACGUCUCGACUCUCAGAGCUCAUGGCCCCGGCACUACAACAUCAGAUCGCCGGAGACAAACGACGUCGCCCGGAAACUCCCCCGCCUCUCUAUAUACCCCCGGGCCUCGGGGCUGAACCUGGACAGGCGCCUCCUCCCUCCAUGAACAUUGUCAUUCAAAUUGUCGGCUCCCGUGGAGACGUCCAGCCCUUUAUUGCUCUUGGAAAAGUCCUCCUGACCUACGGGCAUCGUGUCCGCGUCGCUACUCAUCCCACCUUCCAGCAGUUUGUCGAGGACAACGGUCUCGAGUUUUUCAGUAUUGGCGGUGAUCCUGCCCAGCUCAUGGCCUUCAUGGUCCGGCACCCGGGUCUCAUGCCCGGCUUUGACGCGGUUAAGAGUGGUGAGGUCAGCGAGCGUCGGAAGGGUAUCCGCGACAUGCUUCUGGGCUGCUGGAGGUCCUGCAUCGAGGCUGGAAACGGCCAUGGUGCCCCUUACACACCCCACCCCAGAGAUGAACCCCUAGAGGGCGCCGGCAUCACCGUCCCCGGCGACCCCACCCAGAGGCCUUUCGUUGCCGACGCCAUCAUUGCCAACCCCCCAAGCUUCGCCCACGUCCACAUCGCAGAAAAGCUAGGCGUCCCCCUACACAUGAUGUUUACCAUGCCUUGGUCCCCGACGAAGGCGUUCCCUCAUCCCCUAGCGAACAUCCAGUCAACCAAUACCGACGCUAUCAUGACCAACUACCUAUCGUAUGCUCUUGUCGAGAUGAUGACAUGGCAGGGUCUGGGCGACGUCAUCAACCGGUUCAGGGCCGACGUCUUGGAUCUCGACCCCAUCUCCCUCAUCUGGGCUCCCGGCCUGCUCACUCGAUUACGCAUCCCCUAUACCUAUUGCUGGUCUCCGGCCCUCAUUCCCAAGCCGAACGACUGGGACAGCCGCAUCGAUAUCGCCGGCUUUUACUUCCUCGAUUUGGCCUCUUCCUUUCGCCCUGACCCCGAUUUGGCCGCUUUCCUACAAGCCGGCCCGCCCCCGGUUUAUAUCGGCUUCGGCUCCAUCGUCGUGGACGACCCUGAUGCCCUAACCAGGAUGAUCUUCGAGGCAGUGCGAUUAACGGGCGUCAGAGUAUUGGUAUCCAAGGGAUGGGGAGGCCUCGGCGCAGAAUCCCUAGGAUUACCCGAAGGUGUCUUCAUGCUGGGUAACGUGCCCCACGACUGGCUAUUUAAACAUGUCUCGGCUGUGUGCCAUCAUGGCGGCGCUGGCACGAGUGCGGCUGGUAUCCGGGCCGGGAAGCCUACCAUUGUUGUUCCUUUCUUCGGGGACCAACCUUUCUGGGGCGCCAUGGUUCACAAGGCUGGUGCUGGCCCAGAACCCAUCCCGUACAAAGAGUUCACGGCCGAGAAGCUGGCCGAAGCCAUUCGACACUGCAUGAAACCCGAGACUCAGAACCGAGCGCAAGAGCUGGGCGCCAGAAUUCGGGAGGAACGGGGCAGCGAAGAAGGCGCCAAGAGUUUCCACCAGCACCUGGGCGUUGACGGACUCCGGUGCGUUCUCGCUCCGAGCCGUACGGCCGUAUGGCGCGUCAGACGGACCAAGGUGAGGCUCAGCGCGUUCGCGGCGGCCGUUCUGGCCGAGAAAGGACUUAUCAAGUACUCCGAUCUUAAGCUAUAUCGAGCCAAAGAAUACAACACCGAAGAACAGCCCUGGGAUCCUAUUUCGGCGGCUACGGUCUCUCUUGUCGCCGAUAUCAGCGCCAUCGGCAUGGCUAUUGCUGAUGUGCCCCGCCAACUCUUCAAGCCUCGAGCAAAGUCCAACGUCGAAUCGGAGACAACGUCCAGGCCAUCUUCGCCCCCUAGUGAUGGAUCCUCCAAGUCAGCUCUCGGCGCCCACGAUGAUGCCUUGUUGGGCACGCCCGUCCGCCCAGCAUCUGGUGGCAAUUCCUUACGGGCCGAUUCUGCGACAUCCAAAACAUCGGGAUCCAUCCGAUCUAAACUAGCUUCCUCGGCACCGGGCACUGCAAUGCCCGAUUCAGCCUCUGCUACCGAUCCCACAAUCAACGACACCAUUGAGAAAGCGAUGGCUGCCGGUGACAGCGUCAGUCGCAUCGUCACCACCGGCGUCAAGUCUCCCAUGAACUUUUGUCUCGGUUUGGCAAGGGGCUUCAGAAACGCGCCAAGGUUGUACAACGAUGAUACAGUACGCCCAGAAGAGAAGGUCACGGACUUGUCAACCGGUUUAAAGGCUGCGGGUAGAGGGUUUGCGCUCGGGCUCUACGACGGCGUGACGGGGAUGGUGACCCAGCCCCUGAAAGGCGCCGAGAAGGAAGGUGGCGCCGGCCUCGUGAAGGGCAUCGGGAAAGGAAUCGGCGGUCUCUUGCUCAAGCCAGCUUCAGCUUUUUGGGCAAUUCCCGCAUACAGUAUGAAAGGGGUGCACGCAUCUCUACGGAAUAUGUUUGGCAACAGCGUGCAAAAUUACAUCAUUGCCUCGCGUAUCAUCCAGGGAGGUGCUGAGCUCAAACAUUCCACUGCUGAAGAGCAGCUGGGCGUUCUUCUGGCGUGGCAGAGGCUUGAGGUCGAUCUGAAGAAGUGGCGGGCCUUGAAAAACAAGGAAGAAAAGGAACAAAAGGAACAGGGACCUCGUCAACGAGGGGAGCGCGAGGCUCAAGGAGAGGUCGUCGACAACAUUCCUUGGCCAGAAGACCAGUUGGGCCCGCCAAACACGGGAUGGAAGUACACGAAACAACUAUCAUUUGAUCAGAGGAAGGCUCUCCAUGCUCGCAAGGAAUUGCAAAACAGAUCUCCUGUCACCCGUCAGACCCUUGCCCCUUCCCUUUCUUCCUCGAGCGCCCAGAGCCGCGAGGACAUUUCCCAGGUCGGUGGCAACGCACCGCCUAUUCUCGCCAAGGACGAAGAGUACGAGAGAGCCAUCCGGGAGUCGGUAGCGCAGACGUCUCGCGGCAAUCCGGAGGAAGAUGCCAAAGUCGAAGAGGCUAUGCGUGCAAGCAUCAAACGUCUGCGUGACGAGGGGGGACGAGGGCUACCCGAACGGGCCCCAGUCUCCAAAAUCGACGAAUUGGAGGACCUUUCCAUAACCGACGAAGAGUAUCAGGAGCUGAUUGAGAAAGCAAUACAAGAGAGUCUCGCCCUCCAAACUUCAGGGGUCACUAAUUACGGUGGUAGCAAGGGUGACUUUGAAGAUGAGAAGAUCAGGCGGAUCGCGCAAGAGUCUACCACAUCUCCGCCGCCGGCCUAUGACAGCGGCCACGACGAGGAGUUGAAGCGGGUCAUUGAGGCAUCGGGGCGCAAACAGGAGGAGGGCCCCCGAAGAAAUGAAGACGAGGAUUUCAUUCGAGCCAUCGAAGAGUCCAAAAUGGCAUACCAGGGCCAGCUGAGCAAGGAAGCAGCCGCCAGGACGGAGGAGGAUAUCGUGAUGGAGUACAUCAAGAGACAAAGCCUAGCGGAGGAGGAGUUUCGGAGGGCGGUCGCGAAGGGGAAGAUGAGAGCGGGCGAAGAGGAGGACGAAGAGUUGAAGAGAGCGAUCGAGGAGAGCUUGAUGACGGGUACGCAUGAAGAUGGCGCUGGAGGGGCAAGCUCUUCUAAGUAGAGAGGAAAUCAUUACCCUACGUACGUACCUGCUACCAUAAUUUCACACGUUCCCUAAGGUAGUCAUAGAGCUACCGAAGCGCAACUCUUUGGCCCUAGGUUCUUCCCAUUUACAGCCCGCAGAAUAAGACUG